GGCAUUUCCUCGCUCCCGGAUACAGAUUUGGGCUUCCGGAGCAAAUCCAGGCCCAGCGGCGCCUCCAUUGCGCUGGGGGACAAGUGGGGACAAGGGGGACAAGGGGGGGGGGGGCUGUGUGUCCCCCCCCAGCCCCGCAGACCCGGCUUUGGAGGGGAGGCCGCGGCGUUAGGCUCAGUUCUAUGCCAGGGGAUUUUUGGGGACCCCUGAAGAACUGGGGGGACCCCAUGGAGCCCCCGGUGGUGCUGGAGGCCCAGCAGGAGGCGCUGCAGCGCGACGUGAUGCACGAGAGUUACCGCACGCUCAUGGCCCUGGCAGCCCGGGGCCUCCUGAACCCCAAACCCCCCUCACCAACCCCCGAAGAACCGAGCCCCCCAUCCCAACGCCAACCCCUGGGCUCCAACCGCCGCAAAACCAAACACCCCGACAGAACCCAGCCCCCCGGUCCCACCGAGACCCCCAACAUCCCGCCCCAUAGACGCAGCCGCCCUGGCGAAAGACCCCAUCAAUGCACCGAGUGUGGGAAGAGCUUCCCGUGGGCGUCCCAUCUGGAACGUCACCGGCGCGUCCACACGGGCGAGCGGCCCUUUGGCUGCGGCGAAUGCGGAGAGACCUUCAGCCAACGCUCCCACCUCGCCAAACACCGGCACAGCCACGCCGGCGAGCGGCCCCGCCGUGGCAAAACCUUCCACCAAACCCCCGAGGCGCUUCGCUGCCGCCGGGCGAACUUAAAAGAGCGGAUAUCGGGCUUAAAAGAGCGGAUUUUGGGGUUAAAGGAGUGCGGGAAGGAACCCGGAGCGACGCUCCCGCGCCGCCGCCACCGUCCCCACCGUUGCGGCGACUGCGGGAAGAGCUUCGCGUGGGUGUCGCACCUGGAGCGGCACCGGCGCGUCCACACGGGCGAGCGGCCGUUCGGCUGCGGGAGCUGCGGCGGCCGCUUCUCGCAGAAAUCCCACCUGCUGCAGCACCGCAAGACGCAUGCGCCCGACCGGCCCUACAAGUGUGGGGACUGCGGGAAGCGAUUCGGGGCCGUCCCCCCCUUCUUAGCCCACCGGCGCGGGCACGUGGAGCCCAAGGGUUUUGCUUGUGGGGAUUGCGGGAAGAGGUUCCCGUGGGCGUCCCAUCUGGAACGUCACCGGCGCGUCCACACGGGCGAGCGGCCAUUUGGGUGCGGCGAAUGCGGUGAGACCUUCAGCCAGAGUUCACACCUCGCCAAACACCAGCGGUGUCACCUCCCCAAGGUCCCUGUUGUCCCCAAGGUCCCUGUUGUCCCCAAGGUCCCUGUUGUCCCCGUGUCACCGGCCACGACGAGAUUUGGGGGGGAUGAGGAGCCCUGAGCCAUUGAGGACCCGUCAUGGUGGUGGAUGGAGAGAAAAGUGUCACCACGGAUUGGGGACAAAUGGAUGAGGUCCCUGUUGUCCCCGAGGUCCCUGUUGUCCCCAAGGUCCCUGUUGUCCCCGUGUCACCGGCCACGACGAGAUUUGGGGGGGAUGAGGAGCCCUGAGCCAUUGAGGACCCGUCAUGGUGGUGGAUGGAGCGAAAAGUGUCACCGUGGAUUGGGGACAAAUGGAUGAGGUCCCUGUUGUCCCCGAGGUCCCUGUUGUCCCCAUGGCACCAGCCCCAACAAGAUUUGGGGGGGACGAGGAGCUCUGAGCCAUUGAGGACCCAUCAUGGUGGUGGAUGGAGCGAAAAGUGUCACUGCGGUUUGGGGACAAAUGGGUUGGGCUUUUGUGUUAAAAUAGGGUGAUUUUUGCGCCAAAACGCGGUGAUUUUUGCACCAAAAUAUGGUGGGUUUUGCGCCAAAACACGGUGAUUUUUGCACCAAUACAAUUAUCGUAUAAAUGGAGAAUCGGGCGUCGCAAUCUCAUUUAACGACUUUAUUUUUACUGUUUACUUUUACUGCGAAUUGGGGCAAUAAAUUUAUUGGUGAUAAACGCA